GAUAACGAAAAUUUGUUCCUCUUGAGUUGAAACCGUUAAGCUUCAAGCUGGAGUCCAAAAACGCGCGGCUAGUAUUCUCCGUCCUAUUCUGCUUGACGAUUUCGGCUAAUGCCCGCUAUGUUGGUCGGCGUGAACGAGUUGCGGACAAUGAAGACAUGCUGCCUAAGGUCUAUGGAAACCUUGCUAGUGAAUUGGAAAAUCUUCAUUAUAAUCCAGACAGUGUUGUGAAUCCUCAUAGUCAAGUAACGGAUAAGAAAACCAUAUCAGAUCUUCUGAACGAUCCGGCAGUUUUAACUGGUAUUAUGGUUUGCUCAAUACUACUUUGGGCUGUCUUCGCCGCCGUACUCUAUAACCACUUCCUUAAGAAACCCCGCUACUCAUCGGUUCCGCGUAACGAUGAUCCUUCAACAAAAGUUUCACCAAAUCGAAAAUCUGACUCAAGGGCGAAAUCGAAGGCCAAACCUCCAGCUACGCGGCGUAGCAACAAGCCGAUGCCGGGAAAAGCAGCCAGUCCGAAAAUUCAAAAAUCUCCAAAAGGAGAAAAAACUCCUAACAGAAAAUCAGGCACUUCUAGAAAUGCCAUAAGUUCGACAACAGCCGAAAUGCUCGAAUCUUAUUCGGCUGCUGAGUAUUCAACACCUUUGCAGGCCAAAUCAUUAUCACGAGGCGCUGAUGUAAACCGCGUAUUCGAGAAGGGAAAUCAAAGCAGAGAUCGUCACCCGAAAGCUAGUGUGGCCCAAGCGGGGGGCGACAUUGCAGUGGAGAAAACGACGUCGAAGAAGGCCGUUAAGAGCUGCGUGUCGAGCCGCCAUCGAAGACACCGUCAGCACAAGUGCCAUAGUCACGACAAACCCGAUCACAAGCACGCUGCACACGAACACGUCUUGAAUAUUGAAGAUUAUUAAGUGUCAAAUCAAUUGAUUUUGACACUGCUCCGGGCAUUAAGUAGGCUCGCUUAACGUUUUGGCCAGUAGCUUCAGCAUGAUAGGACCCGUCGGAGCAGAUUAUUCAUUCAGGAGAAAACACGGUUUGAGAUAGAGAUAGAUAUGAUCGAUCGCCAGAAGUCUCAGAUGAUCAUUUUUGUAACGAGGGAGACGGUUUGAAGAGACCCGCCUCGAAACGUAAACGGAAUUACGCAGAUGGCACGAACUAUUAUUUGAUUAUGUGCAACAAAAUAACAAACGUAAGGUGCGACAAUCCCCAAAAAGUGAACGAGAAAAAACAGUUGACGGAGAUGAGCGCUGGAUCGCUUUUGCGAAACAAUUGGUGGACCUCGACAGCGGAUACUGAUACACUAUAGAACUCACUUGACGCGUGUAAUGUAAAUGAGCUUGAUCCACCU